UGUUUUGGUCCUUCCGGAGGGUGCCUUCGUCAUUAGAAAUGGCUUCUCUUGACAGAGUAAAGGUGUUGGUUUUAGGAGAUUCAGGGGUCGGAAAAUCAUCCUUGGUGCAUCUAAUAUGUCAGGGUCAGGUUUUAGGAAAUCCAUCUUGGACUGUCGGCUGUUCUGUAGAUGUACGGGUUCAGGAUUACAAAGAAGGAACCCCUGAGGAGAAAACCUUCUACAUUGAACUCUGGGAUGUUGGCGGAUCUGUUGGCAGUUCCAGCAGUGUUAAAAGCACCAGAGCCGUCUUCUACAAUUCAGUAAAUGGAAUCAUAUUGGUGCACGAUUUAACAAAUAAGAAAUCUUCCCAAAACCUCUACCGGUGGUCAAUGGAAGCUUUGAAUAAGGAUUCCUCUCCAACAGGAGUCAUUGUCUCAAAUGGUGACUAUGACAGAGAACAGUUUGCUGAGAACACGGUGCCUUUGCUGCUGAUUGGAACAAAGUUUGACCAGAUUCCAGAGAACAAACGCAGUGAAGUUCUCACUAGGACGGCCUUCCUCUCUGAAGAUUUUAAUGCAGAGGAGAUCAAUCUUGACUGCACAAACCCAAGAUACUUUGCUGCAGGCACAUCAAAUGCUGUGAAACUUAGUCGAUUUUUUGAUAAGGUAAUAGAGAAGAGAUACUUCACCAGAGAUUCAAGUCAGAUCCCAGGCUUUACAGACAGAAAAAGGUUCAACUUCAAAAGUUUGCACUAUGACUAAGUUCCAUGAAUGCAACAUUGGUGGUCUGUGGUUUUUAUCAUCACAUCUGUGGGUUGUAGUGCUAGAGUUUACCCCCUGAAGCUAUCGACAAAAACAACCCCUCCUCCAUCUCUCUCUCUCUCUCUGUGGAUUAUAUUGUAUUUAGUUGAUCUAAAUGUAGAAAUGGAAAGAAUAUAUAAAUUCAGGUGAGGUACAUUAUUAAAGAGUGCUUUUAUUGUAAAUGGCAACAUAUAUUUGUAUUCUGUCAUAUGCAAAUCAUCUACAUCUUAAUGUUUUUCUAAAGCUAAAAUUUCUAAUGGUUUUCUUUGCACAUUCUAAGUAACGCAUUUAACCAGAUUGCUUCAUGCCCGCAUCACCUCCUUGAUCCAUGGCAGGAAGUAAUGAACUUUAGUGAAAACAUGUGGAUACUUUCGAUUAUCACAUUUUUCUUUGAAAGUAAAAGCUGUUAUGCCUUGAACCCUGGUGUCACAGAUGAGAGGUCCACCUGAAUCCCCCUAAAAAGAGAGACAAAGGAAGAGUUUAUCAGGGCUUUAAAGGGAAACAAACCUUUUUUCUGUUUUGUAGAAAUAUAUAUAUAUAUAUAUAUAUAUAUAUUUUUUUUUUUUUUUUUUAAUAUUUUCAUUCACUGUAUACCCAGUUGAUUACCUGACAUACUCCUCCCUGCCAAAACUUGGUGCAGAUCAUUAGCUGGGAAUUGAAAAACUUUCCCCAAAUAUUUUUGCACUCAAAGCUGAAUUGGAUCUUCUCUUUGGCUUCCCUCAGAAGAUCUGAAACUUUUUCAUCAGAGCUAGUUUUUUUUCCCCAGCCAGCUACAUCACAAUUCAAGUUUGCAUUAAUUUCCUCAUUUUCUUUUGCUAAUGCAAUUGUCUUCACAUACUGGUUGAGCUUGGCCUUUUUUUCCAACUGUGAAGAGAACACAUUAUAGAGAACAUUGUAACAUUGAAAGUAGAAUUGAUGUGAAAUAAAAAAAAAAAACAAAUGUUCAAUUUUGUGUCAAGUUAGCAUGUUUUUUUUUUUCAUGUUUUCAAAAAUAUUUUACCAUUUGUUGGCACAAAUAUUUGAUUAGACUGAAUCUCUAAAUUUACUAAGCACUGUUAACAUUUCAGAUUUUAUAUUUUAUCACUUCAAACAUUUCUAAACAUUGUUCACCUUAAAAUUGACACAUCGCAACAGAAAAACAGACGUCUGUCAGCCUGUGGUAAAUAUGGUUGCCCAAUAAGAGGUAUAUUAAUGCAAGUAUUUAACAGUACGUACCAGGAUACAAAGUGGCUAUAAAAUACUAAAUACAGACUCUUGUGUCAGUGAGAGAUCUAAUUAAAAAAGUAAAUUGCUGCUUGAAUAUAACUAUUAGUUCUACAUUUUGGAACCACCAGCCUCUGUCCUAAUGGCAGAUAUUGAAGGAGACGUUCAGGAUGCUUAAGCUUUACAGACCAUUUUAUAGUCUGAUUGAGGUCAAUCUUGUUAUUGCCAAAUUAAAUGGGUAAGAAAAGGAUAAAUAGAUAAAAACUAGUUCUUUUGUAGAACCACUUUUAGUUUUAAUCUCAGUAUUCAGUUUUCUUUAAUGGGAGUUUAUCGUUAUCCCACAUUUGGGCUUUGCUAUAUUUGCAUAAGCAUUCUCAAUCUUUUAAAAUUGUGAUAACACCUACCCAUUUACAUCUAUAUUCAGGUGACUCCCUUAGUUUUCAUUCUAUUACAUUUAAUUCAAGACUCACAAGGACACUUUUAAUCUUUCAGCUGUUUUUUGAUAUUUGAACUUGAACACAUACUAGGAGUCCCAGUCUUUCCAAGUAAUGUCUAAUAGAACUGAACUGGUAUUGAGCACUACUGUGAAAGAUGGACAUCCUGAUGGUAAAGAACAUGGUAGAGCAAGUUCAGGCAGCAAGUUGUAGGGUAUUUUGCUGCAUGAAGGGUUUGUUGAUUUUACAGAAUAGAUUUUAUAAUAUAAUGAACUGAGUUUUUUUAUGUUUGGUUUUGAAAUAAGUGAGUGAAAUUAAAGUAAGAUACCACAAACCAUGUAUUUGUAGAGAAUUAUUUCAAUUAGGACCCAUUGUAAAAUGUGUUACAUGAGUUUACCUUCAGUAGCAUAAUGUCGUAUUCAUACUCCUCUUUGGAUUUGUAUUGUGGAUGUACAUGGUACUUCUUCACUUGUAUCUUUUGCUGACUUUCCUCCUUCUUGCUAAUGUUAUGUGCCCCAAGUACAACCGUGAAGUCUUGGUAACAACUAGUAAGCAAAAAUAUAUGUUUUAUGGAUAAUUGAUAAGGAACUUGUAUCUAUUUGAAAUAUCCUUAAAGGUACACAGAAAUAACAUGUCAUUAUUUUUAAAUAUGCACAUUUGUACUGUUUCCAGAAAAGACUCACUCCUUGCAGUGUGCUGCAGUCAGAACAUAGUCCUGACGAAUAAGCAUUCCACCACAUACAUGUUGACCUUGAAUUUGUAGCGAUGCCAUGUAGGGUCUGGAAUGUGGUCUUGCCACUGUGCCACCUGUUAUACCGCUCUCUGUUGCCCCUUUAAAUGAAAAAGAAAUGUGAUUUUUAUUUUAUUAUUAUUUUUUUUUUGUAAUAAAACCUUUUUUGUAAUGACGAAAAAAGUCUAGCCGAAUAAGUUUUGUUUUUCAUUGAGAGAAAAAAGAAAAAGAUUUCUUACCACAGAUUGUGAUUAAAAGAAGGACGUAAAUGA